AUGAUAAUUGUUUGCAAGCGUUACCCAAUACGCAUUACAGUUGACAAGUUCCUAUACGAAGCUACUCCUCAACACACUCUGGAGCAUGCGGGUCCCGCACCCUUCUCCUUAUCACCUCCACCGCUCCCUAUCAGCCCGUGCCCUCCGACGGGUGCAGCGGAGGAUGACACUGACCUAGAACAUGGCAACAGGAUGGCCUAA